AUGGCCAAGGUCAGCGCAAACGUUUCGUCCUCGAGGCGCAAGUCUCGCAAGGCUCACUUCAGCGCGCCCUCGAGCGUCCGCCGCAACAUCAUGAGCGCUCCGCUCAGCAAGGAGCUCCGUGAGAAGUACAACGUCCGGAGCAUGCCUAUCCGCAAGGACGACGAGGUUCAGAUUGUCCGCGGCCUGAACAAGGACAAGGAGGGCAAAGUCACGUCGGUGUACCGCCUCAAAUACGUCAUCCACGUCGAGCGCGUCACCCGCGAGAAGGCCACCGGCCAGAGCGUGCCCCUCGGCAUCCACCCCAGCAACGUGGUCAUCACCAAGCUCAAGCUCGACAAGGACCGCGAGAACAUCCUUGAGCGCAUCAAGGCCGGCCGCGAGCAGGCUAUCAAGGCCAGGGGCAAGAACAAGGCUUGA